GAGGAGGAGGAGCGUGGGAAGCGUCAGGUCCUGGUCCUCGGUCUCGACGGGGCCGGGAAGAGCAGCAUGCUGAUGGGUUUGACCCCCGGGGAGUCGGCGGCUAAAAGAGGCCGCUGCCGGCCCACACGAGGCUUCAACUUCAUGAGCCUGAACGCCCCCGCCUGUCAGCUCGACUUCCUGGAGAUCGGGGGAGGGGAGGACCUGCGGAGGUACUGGUCUGACUACCUGAGGAGGACUCACGUUCUGGUUUAUGUGGUGGACUCAUCGGACCGGAGCCGCCUCCCGUUAGCUAAAGAUGAACUUCACCGCCUGCUGACGGUGGAGCCUCAGCUGCCCGUGGUCGUCCUGGGAAACAAACAGGAUAAGCCGGACGCCGUGAGCGUGUCGGAGCUGCGUGAAGCUUUGUCUCUGGGCUCCGUGACGGAGACAAGAAAGCUGUUCCUCUUGGCCGCCCAGCUGGGCUCAGACGGCGCCCUGAGGAACUCCUGCCGGGGCCUGGAUGCCUUCCAGGACGUCCUGCUCCAGCUCGUCUGAUCUCUACCCGGCUCACAGAGGAGGAGAGGAAUCCUCGUCUUCCUUUUGACUUAUUAAAGCUCUGCGUUACGUGAGGCGGAGGAGGAGGGGGCGGAGUCAGCGAGAUGGAGCAGCACCUCCUCGUCUGCCUCCUCGCACGUUUAUAACCACGUCAGUUUGGAAAUAGCAGCUUUUAAAAACUCUUACUCAGCGAUGAAGAGGAGGUGCAGAGCGAGGAGGACGAGGGAUUGUUCGACGACUCAGACUUUAUGUCGACCUGUGCGAGCGUGUAGAUGUGUUUAUAUUAGUCAGGUCAUAUUUGGGGUUUCCAGGUUGGAGUUCCAGGGGACUGAAAAAACGCACCACCUACGAGAAUCUACCGCCUGUGUGUUUGUGAGAUUCCUGCUGACUCCUACACGGAGGCUGAUCUGAGGUUUUGGGGGAUUUAAAGGGAUCUCCUGACUUUUAAAAAACAGUUUUAUUUUUAUUCUCACGACUCGGUCAGGCUCGUGUGAGAAAGUUUCGAUGCUUUUCAUGACUUUCUUUGAGAGUUUUUUAAGCUCCAUUGUUUGAAAUAAGUUUUGUGUUUUUGUUCUUAGCUGUGAUUUAAGUCGUAUUGUCAGAAGUUCACACGAGAGUUAGAGAGUGAACUGAAUGUUUACAAUGACUCACUUAUAUUAAUGUCCGUUAGCUUACCAUGCUAACGAAAAUGAUCUCCUGGUCAAAUGCUCCAUGUCCCUUUCCUCUUCUUGACAUUGUGUAUUUAAAAAUAUAUAUUAAUCAACCAGAUACAGAGUCACUUAUUAACAGCUUAUAUUUUAAAUUAAUAAAAUUAAACACAUUAAGGGACAGGAAGCCUUAAUGGUUGUUGGUAAAGUGACACUUUAAUCUCCUUCAAUUCAGACUCAAAGGACUCCCUGGAUCUGUGUUUUAGACCUGACAACACUCAAAAUGAAAGCUAAUAACCCGAUUUAGGAGUCACUAAUGUUUACCAAGACUAUUAUAAAUGUCAGUCUUGGAAAUACAAAUGCCCCCCCCCCCCCCCCCCUCGCCCCAGCAUUUAGAGUUUCACAGAUCAAAACCAAAAUGGAUUCUCUCUUUGUCAACAGGCAAGGCAUGUCACUGCUCGGGACCCCUGGCCAGUAGGGGGCCUCCCAAGGGCGGACAAACUUUAAACCGUAGCAGAGGAUCAGAAUGUGCUAAUUUUACAAUGACAAUAGGAAACCUCCCUAAAAGGGCCCCAUCUGACAGUGUUCAAUGUUGUUGAGCUACUAAGCGUUCCAGUAUCCCUGUGAGAACUUAAAGUCUUUAUAUGUGAUUGUUCACACUUAAAUGUAGAGAUCAAGUCUAUCCUCUGAAAAUAACUCUGUGA